AUGGUUAUUAUUAUUAUAUCAAUUUUUAUUUACUGUUGUUGGUCAGAAACAACAGAAAUGACAUGGUGUGAUUCAAAUGAUAGAGGAUUAAUUCAAUACAUUAGUGUUACAAAAGGAUUAUGUGAUUAUACAGAUAAAAAUUGGCAUGGAGUAUUAUUUUAUUAUUUUAAUGAUAGUGAUUGUUUUGAGAUAUAUAAUAUUUGUUGUUCUAAAGAUGAGACUAGAGCAGAUCUUAAUAAGUUUCAUUUAAUUGAUAAUAUUCAAGAUGGUAGAAAUACUAAUAGAAUCAUUAGAUUUAAUUUUAAAGGAAGUCCACAUGCAAGGGCAUUUCAUAAUAUUACAAUUGAAGAGUAUCAUCCAAGGAUUAAUUUUGUAAUUAAUACUUAUUAUAUUCUUCCUAAAAGUAUUAUCACUUUAACAGGAAGAGAAAUUACUUAUGAAGAUUAUCCAUAUUUUAUUAUAGCAGAAUCAAGACCAUUUACUAUUAGAACUUCAUUAGAAAAUACAUUAGAAUAUAUUAAUUUAAAUUAUACAUGGGGAUUUUCACCAGGAGUUUUUAUAGAAGGACAUAUUGCAGUAAAAUUAACAAAUGAAACAAUAAGAAAUAAUUGUCAAUAUAGGUAUACAUCAGAUCAAUAUGUUAUCAAUAGAGGAGUUGAUAAUAAUGAUUUACAAGUGUUAGAUAUUUGUUAUUCUUAUGGUAGACAUAGAAUGGCUAUUUGUGGAAAGAAUGUACCAGUAACAUAUCAAGACUGUUCUUGUUCAUAUUCAAAUUUUGAAUAUGAAAAUUCAGCAAUAGACUGUUCAUUUUUAAGUAAAUAUUUAUCAUUUAAAAUAAAACCAAAUCAAGAAUUUAUUCCUUAUGAGAGAGAAUGGUCUACAUUAAUAACAACUGGUGUUGAUAGUAAAAUUACUAUACCAAAAGAUUCUUCAAUGACAUUUUUUGAUGAUGUUUAUUUACCAGACACAUCCUUAAGUAUUGAUGGUACAUGUAUAUUUAAAGGAAUUGUUCAUAUUGAAAAGAGUGAUGUAUUAUAUAAUUUAGGUCAUUUUCAAGCAACAUUAUUUAAAUAUGAUUCUAUUGAUAUUUCUAAAGAUCCAGUACUUUUUAUUGGAAAAUGUAGUAGUAAUUCAACAGAAUGUAAAAAAGUACUUUCAAAUAGUAAUAUAAAAGAAGUAAAUUGUGGAGGAGUUUUAAAUAGGUAUUUAUAUAGUGCAAGUACAUUAGAAUGUAAAUGUACACAAAAAGAUUCUACACAAUUUGAACAAUCAGAUUGUUCAUAUUUAACUGAAGGAAGACAAAAUAGAAUGAAAUUAGUAUUAGAAUAUAAUUAUAAUAGUGGAUUAACGAAAAAAUAUUGGAGUAGUAUUUCAGGUAAAACAUAUGAAAAUGGUGAAUUAAUUGAAAGUAUUACAUUAGAAGGAAAUUCUAUUAUUGUUGAAAAUGAAUGUGAUUUUAGAAAUAUUAAAGUAAUAGAAUUAAAAGGGUCCUUAAGAUGUGGUGUAUUAUAUCUAAGUAAUACUACAAAAAUUAUUGGAUUUGCUGGAAGUUCCUUAAGAACUUAUUCUAUUCAAAUUGAUAAUAUAGUUUCAAAUAUGAAUAAAGAGGCAUUAAUAGUUAUGGGAGAUGGUGAAUUUAUUAGUGAUGGAAGUAUGAAUAAAGUAUUAUCAAAUAAACAAACAGAAUGUUUUGAACUAGUUAGUUUUAAUAAUGAAGUAUCAAAAUCAUUAGAUGAAUCUAGUGAUGGAAAAUAUGUUUCGUUAGUUGUUGGUAAAAUAAUUCGUAUUUGUCCAGAAGGGUAUAAUAAAGAUGAUAGACGUAAAAUUAUUUGUUCAAUAGAAAAUGGGAUAUUAGGUAAUUUUAAAUAUCACCAAUGCCCAUGUGAAGGGAAUGAAUGUUAUUAUGACCUUGGUGAAUGGAAAGAGAUUAGUAUUAGUUCUGAAAAGGAAUAUGAUAUGAUCGAUGGGAAUAUUAUUGUUACUAACCCAAACGUGAUAUUUAAUAAUGUUAGAAGUAUUUCUUCUAUCCAAAGUAAUAUCAUACCAACUAUUCAAUUAAAUGGAAAUAAUGAUAUAAUUUCUAUUAAAAUAAAUACAAAUAAAACAAUGCAUAUUAUAAGUAAUCAAAAUAUUCAUUUAUCUGGAAAUGCAGAAAGUGUUAGUAUUAAAACAACAAAGAAUAAAGGAAAGAUUAAUAUUGUUGGAAUGUAUAAUCAAAUAGGAAUUAAUACAAGUUAUACAACUAUAAUAACUGUUGAAAAUGAUAAUUCUAUUGCAAGUAUGAAUAGUCAAGGAGGAUUUGAUAUUUCAAAUAAUAGUUUAAUAGGAAAUAAUAAAGUAAGAUAUUCUAUUGACGGAAGAUGUAGAAUAGGAAGAAUGAUUAAUGAACGAUUUAUCUGUGAUUCAUGUGGAAAAGAUGAAAUAAAAGGAAGUUGUUUAGAAAAUAUAAAUGUUGAUAAUUGUUUAACAUAUGGAAUAACAGGAAGAUGUAUUGAAUGUCAAGAGAAAUAUUAUCUUAGUAGUAAUAUGAUAGAAAAUGAAAUUAAUCAAAAAUGUAUUUAUUGUCUAGAUAGUCAUUGUAAAAGAUGUUCAAAAGAAGAGUGUUAUGAAUGUGAAGAAGGAUAUUUAUUAGAAAAAGGAAUAUGUAAAUAUCAAGAUAUAAAUUGUAAAUUUUAUUCAAAUGGAUAUUGUAAAUUAUGUAAAAAUGGAGAAUAUGUUAAUAAUUUACAAUAUUGUUCUAAAUGUGAAAUAAGUAAUUGUGAAGUAUGUAAAACAAAUGAACCAAAACAAUGUGAGAUAUGUUCAAAUGGUUAUUAUUUAAAUAAGAGUUUAUUGUGUGAAAAAAUAAAUGUAAAUAAUGAAACAGUAAAUUCAGGAGCAAUAAGUUGUUAUGAAGGAUAUUACAAUGAUAAUGGAAUAUGUAGAGAAUGUAAAAAUAAUAAUGAAUAUGGUAAAGAAUGUCUAGGGUGUACGAAUGAGAAAUGUUAUAUUUGUGCAAAUGAAUAUAUUUUAAAUAAUAAACAAUGUGAAAAAAAUACAAAUGAAUAUUGUGAAGUAAUAAAAGAUUCUAAAUGUGUAAAAUGUAAAUAUGGAUAUUAUAAUCCAUCUUCAUGUACAAAAUGCCCAAAAGGAUGUUUAUCAUGUUAUGGAACAAUAGAAAAUGUUAUAUGUCUUGAGUGUGAUAAUCAAAAUGAUUUACCGUUAUGGUUAAUUGAUGGUCAAUGUAAAAGUCAAACUCAAAUAUUUUUAUUAAAUAAUUCAUUAAAAACAAAAGAAUAUCAAAAUUUAGAUAAAUGUGAUAUUAAUCAAAAAGGUAUUUGUAUUAGAUGUUCUGAUGGUUAUUAUGAAUUUAAAUCAAAUUGUCUUCCUUGUAAUUCAAAUUGUUCAAGUUGUUUAAACACAUCAAUACAAUGUUUGUCUUGUUCAGAUCCUAAUAAAAUUUUAAGUAAUUAUGAAUGUAUUUCUGAUGAAGAAUUCUCUAAAUCAUGUAAACAACAAACAUUAAGUAAAGUUGGAUGUGCUAUUUGUAAUGAUGGUUAUUAUAGAAAAGGAACAUCAUGUCCAAAAUGUCCAAAAACAAUGGAAUUAUGUGAGAGAGAAGAUUUACCAAUAAAAUGUAAUGAUGGAUAUUUUAUGUAUCAUUCUAAAGAAUGUAGACCAAAAACUGAAUUAACAAAUUGUGUUACAAUUGAUUCAACAGGUUGUAGUAAAUGUUUAGAUGGUUAUUAUGUUUAUGAUUCUUAUUGUUUUAGUUGUCCAGAUAAUUGUUAUUCAUGUAGUAAUAGUAAUAAAUGUAAAUUAUGUUUUGAUGGAUUUGUAUUAAAUGGAUUAAAUUGUUUGUCUUAUAAAACAAUAGAACAUUGUGAAUCUUCUUCAAACAAUGUUUGUACUUCAUGUUCAAUAGGUUUUACAAUUAAAGGAAAUAUUUGUAAAAGAAAGUCUAUGUGGUGGAUAAGUUUAAUUGUUAUUCCAAUAUUCAUAUUAAUAGUUAUUAUGAUUUAUUUCAUACUUACUUUAAUUUCAAAAAAAAUAAUUAGACUAAAACAAGAUAAUACUUUAAAUCUAAAAGAUUUAUUCUCCUCAGAACAUUUUCAAGAAGUUCUUCCAGGUAUAUUAGUAACAAACAAUAAAUUUACAUUAGUUGGUGAUGAAUAUAUUCCAGUGAAUGAAACUACUACCUUAAAAUUAAUAAUUGCUAAUCAUGGCAAACAUAAAGUUAAGAUUCAAUCAUCUCAUAUCCCUUCUAAAAAAUAUCAAUUUACUAUUCAACCAAAUUUAGUCUUUUUAAGACAAAACAAAGCUAUAGAAGUUACUAUGGAGAUUACACCUAUUUGUUCUACUACUAUCUCUCAACAAAUUAGAUUUUCUGUAUAUAGUUUCAAAUUUAAUAAAGAAAUGGAUUUUUUUGUGGAUAUUAAUAUUGAAACUGAACAGACAUGUAUAUUAGAUCCAGAUGAACUCAUUCAAAAGAAAAAAAUUGGAGAAGGAACUUUUGGAGUUGUUUAUAAAGGUGAGUUUAAAGGAAAUAGUGUUGCUAUUAAAAGAAUGAAACCAAAAAUUAAUGACAGUAGUUCUGAAAUAGAAUUUAGAAAAGAAGUAGAAAUGUUAGAAAAAUUUAGAUGUAAUUAUAUUAUUCAUUUCUAUGGAGCAGUAAUAAUUCAAGACAAUAGAUGUGUGGUUACUGAAUAUGCAAAAUAUGGAUCAGUACAAAAAAUGAUUGAAUCAAAACCAUCAAAAUCAUUUUCUAAAAAUAUUAAAAUAAAAAUGUUAUUAGAUGUUGCUAGAGGAAUAGAAUAUCUUCACAACAAUGGUAUUCUUCAUCGUGAUAUUAAACCUGAUAAUAUGUUAGUCACUUCCCUUGAUAAUGAUAUUCCUGUUAAUGCUAAACUCACUGAUUUUGGAAGUGCUAGAAAUAUAAAUUCAUUAAUGACAAAUAUGACAUUUACAAAAGGUGUUGGAACACCUUCUUUUAUGGCUCCUGAAAUAUUAAAACGGAAAAAAUAUAAAACAGCUGCUGAUAUUUAUUCAUUUGCUAUUAGUAUUUAUUCUGUUAUGACAUGGGAAGAUCCUUAUCCUAAACAAGAAUUUGAAUAUCCUUGGGUUAUUGCUACUUUUGUAGCUUCUGGUCAUCGAAGACCACAAAACAAUUUACCUGAUAAUGUUUAUAAACUUAUUUGUGAAUGUUGGUGCGAUGAACCAACUAAUAGACUAAAGAUAGAACAAAUAAUUAAAGAGCUUGAAAUUAUUCGAAAAUCCUUUCAAUCAAAACAUCAUUAA